AUGUCGUCGAAUGAAUCCCAACAGGAUCAGCCUGGACAAUCCCCCAUGUAUCAGACACCGCCUCGAGGAGCAAAAGAAUGGCUCUUUAUUAUCGUCUUGUGCUCAACGCAAUUGUUCGUUCAGGGCUCCUUCGGAUACAUCCUCAUUCCCUUGCAUCUCGUAGGACAAACCUUUGGUCAAGGGCCAUCUGAGGCGACCCAAAUGACUUGGCACGUUGGCGGUUACAGCUUGACGGUUGGCACUUUCAUUCUCAUCGCAGGAAAGCUGGGCGAUCUGUACGGUUCGAAGCGCAUUCUUAUCAUUGGUUGGGCAUGGUUUGGCGUCUGGUCUGUCAUUGGGGGCUGCAGUGCCUUCACGCAUUCUCCAGUGUUCUUUGAUACCGCUCGAGCACUCCAGGGCAUUGGACCUGCAUUACUUCUACCAAAUGCACUGGCGAUCGCUGGAAGAACAUACCCACCUGGCAAGAAGAAGAAUAUGAUUUUUUCAGCAUUCGCUGUGGCGGCUCCGCUCGGAUGCUCUACUGCUGGGGCUAUCGGUUCGGCAUUCGCUGAGUAUGUGUGGUGGCCCUGGGUGAUGUGGGUUUACAGCAUCGGAUGCUUCGUUCUCGCUGGGCUCGGACAUUGGGUGAUUCCAUCAGACUCUUCGAUGCUCAAAAAUGACACUGGAAUCCCAUUCGACUAUAUCGGAUCUGGUCUGGGCGUUGCAGGUCUUCUAUUGCUGAAUGUUUCAUGGAACCAAGCACCCAUUGACGGCUGGUCCUCGCCUUAUGUUUAUACCAUGCUGAUUCUGGGGUUUCUCCUCCUGGGGCUUUUUGCUUUCCAGGAACGACGCGCAAUGGAUCCAAUUCUGGAUCUUUCUAUUUUCAACCGACGUGUUGUAGCAGUGUUGGUCACUACGGGCCUAGGAUGGAGCAGUUUUGGUGUGUGGUUCUACUACUUGUUCCAGUUUAUCCAGCAGUUCCGUCAUGUGUCUCCUUUAUUGUCAGCAGCGCAGUUCGCCCCAGGAGCCAUAUCAGGGAUUGUUGCCGCCCUCGCCACGCCGUACCUAAUGGCUGUCAUCUCCAGUGGUUGGCUGAUGGCAAUUGCUUGUGCCGCAUUCCUUGCUGGAUGUAUCCUGCAGAGUACAGCACCAGUGGAUCAAUCAUACUGGUUGAAUACUUUUUGGUCAUUUGUCAUAAUGGCCUGGGGUAUGGAUAUCUCCUUUCCCGCCUCUGCGACGAUUCUUAGCGACGCGGUACACGUCAAAUACCAAGGCGCCUCAGCAUCACUAGUCAACACCGUCAUCAAUUACUCAAUUGCCAUCGGACUAGGGAUCGCAGGGACUGUGGAGGCUGAAGUAAGUCAUCACGGUGUGGAGCCUUUGAGGGGAUAUCGGGCUGCCCUAUGGACGUCCGUGGGACUGGCUACACUAGCCUUUAGCAUCGCCUUCAUGUAUGCCGUCUUCACCAUGCAUGAGCAACCGACCCCACAUAACAGCAGUCAGGAGAGUGACAGGGAAUUUGUGUAA